GCUCUAAACUUGUAAACUGCGUAUGGCGAAUUGACGUUUUUGGUUAUUUUUGUUCUUGCCUCGUGUUUACUUUAGUGUCUAAUUUCGGUCAUAUUGCAAAAAUUUAGUUGUGCAAUAAACGAAUCGAUAAUAUUUCGGUGCAAGACUAUUCCGCGAUACAGUGUAAUAUCGAUCCAUGCUUCCGGACUAGAUAUAUGUAUACAGUUUUAUCACGUGGUGGUGUGAUUUAUAUAAUUCUUGUUUACCGCACAACUGGAAACUUUGCGCAUGUGCGUCCCUUCAGUAACCUCAAAUAGUAGACAGAACACGGAUUCGGCAGGUUCCGGAUAUCCGGGUCGCGGUACGGCAGUUUCGGGUCUGUGAAUUCUGUGAUGUGCUAUCGCGGUGAGGGUUCGCGCCCCGCGUGUGGACGUUGGUGAUAUAGGACGCACGCCUGUCAUGGCUCAGACUCAGAUAUCGCGGAGCUCCGAGAGUGAUGCAUGGGCACUCCUCUCCCUCAAGUCGCCGCCUUCGCCGUCGAAGGUGCAGUGGGCGCAGGAGCCGGCUCCGAUAGCGAUCGCUCGUCUAGAUGGUCGCGACUUCGAGUAUCUCAUACGCCAGAAGAAAGUGGUUAUCGGCCGGAACUCUAGUCGGGGGCAGGUCGAUGUGAAUAUGGGACAUUCGAGUUUUAUAUCUCGCCGUCACCUGGAACUGUUUUACGACCACCCCGAGUUUUACUUGACGUGCAACAGCAAGAAUGGCGUGCUCGUGGACGGGGUGUUUCAACGCAAGGGAGCGGCCGCGAUGUUGCUGCCAAAAAGAUGCACACUGCGGUUCCCGUCCACGAACAUCCGGCUGGAGUUCCAGUCGCUGGUGGAGGAGAGCGGCGGCGGCGCCGGCGGUAGCACCACCGGCCCGCCGCUGCCGCCCCUGCGCAUCACGAUACCGAUGGACAGCGACGGCCGCAGCCCGGCGCCUUCACCCACAGGCACGAUAAGCGCAACGAACAGUUGUCCGACGUCACCGCGCGGGGCCGGCUCGUCGGGGCGGCGGCACGCGGACCUCGGCCUCGUGGCGCAGUACGCGGCGCUCGCUGAGCACCAGCGGCCCACCAACGGCAAUGCGGCGUCAUCCACUAGCGAUUACGUGCGCGAACCUCGCGACGUGCGUGACGUGCGCGACGUCCGCGACGCGCGCGACUCACGCGACUCGCGCGACGUGCGCGACGCGCGCGACUCCCGCGCCGAGGACGCAGCGAAGCCGCCGUACAGCUACGCGCAGCUCAUCGUGCAGGCGGUCGCCUCCGCGCCGGACAAGCAGCUGACCCUCAGCGGCAUAUACAGCUACAUAACGAAACACUACCCGUACUACCGCACCGCGGACAAGGGCUGGCAGAACUCGAUACGCCACAACCUGUCGCUCAAUCGGUACUUCAUAAAGGUGCCGCGCAGCCAAGAGGAGCCGGGCAAGGGCAGCUUCUGGCGCAUCGACCCGCAGAGCGAGGGCAAGCUCAUCGAGCUGGCGUUCCGUCCGCGCCGCCCGCGCGGCGUGCAGUUCCGCGCGCCCUUCGGCCUCUCCUCGCGGAGCGCGCCAACGUCGCCGUCGCAGGUGGGCGUGUCGGGGCUGGUGACGCCGGAGGAACUCUCGCGCGAGCCCACGCCGGAUCUGUUUACCGGUGAUGAGAGUGAUCACCAGGGCGGGCAACAGCGGCUGAACAACAGCAACAACAACAACAGCCACUCGACGCAGUACCUGUUCCCGCAGCGGUCCGGCGUCAGUCAGAGCGCGCCGGGAUCACCGGGUGCCGGCGGUUCACUGGGCGGCGGGCUGGUGAUGGCGGGUCACCACAUCACCGUCGUGACCAACGGCGCUGGCGGCGAGCGGGAAGAGAAGUACGUGGUGGGCACGACGGGCGGCGGGCUGGUGUCGAUCCCCGAGGAGGAGGUGCAGGCCGCCAACCUGCUGCUGCACCAGCACUCGCCCUACUACGCCGGGUACAGCGGCGAGGAGGGGUGCGCGCUGGGCGGCGAGCUGGUCAUCGAGGAGGCGCCCGACGAGCCGCCGCACAAGCGGGCCAAGCACCAUGUGUCCGACAUCGACGAUCGGCGCGCGUAUUGACGUCCCGCAAACCCGGGUGCGUGACGCAGGCCUCGCGCGCGCAGCCGCCCGCCGCCGCCGCCGGCCAAUCGCAGCGCGGCACCGCUAGCUCGCAGCACGGCCCCGGCCAAUCGCAUCGCGGCAUCGCCCGCUCGCAGCACGGCCCCGACCAAUCGCAUCGCGGCACCGCCCGCUCGCAACACGGCCCCGGCCAAUCGUAACACUGCACCGACCGCUCGCAGCACGGCACCGGGCAAUCGCAGUGCGGCACCACCCAAUCGAAGCGUGACGCCGGCAAAUCGCGUCGCGGCAUUGCCCAGCCGCAGCGCGACGCCGGCCAAUCGCAGUGCAGUUUCACAGCCGGCUGGUGAGAGCUCGGUGCUGCGCGCGCGGCUCUCGUUGGUACAACCGCGACGGGAGCGCUGAUUGGCUUAACGACUGUGAGAUAUACUGACUAGCGACUAUGUGUUAUAUUUCUAUGAUCAUUUAGCUUCGACUUAGGGGUAUAAAUCCAUAUAAAAGAAAUGAAAGAAUGAAAAAUUUAUUUAUCAGUGACAGCACAACACGCAGUUAUAAAAUAAACAAAUAUACAUGUUGCAAAAUUUAUUACUUCUAUGACGGAGUACUUCUGUUGGGUGAAGACAUUAAUAAAGAACAUAUAUAUUAUAUAAUAUAUUUUUUGGGAUAUUUAUAAUACUCAUUGUGAAAAUACAUAUUAUGUUAAGUGAAUGACACUGAUGUAAACAAUUCGAUGCACAGUCGCUAGCCAGUAUUAAUAUAAGGGAAGAAAAACUCAUGGUUGUUUGGUGUUUAAUUUUAAAAUGCAACAAAAUUGACUAGUAAUGUAUAUCGUGCCAAUAAAGAAUCGAUUAUGAUGUGGCCGUGAGCGAGAGGGAUAUAUGUAUAUCUCCACCAAUGCGUAAGCGAGAUAGCAUGAAUUUUCGUUUAUUUAGGCGUCGAUAUGUUUAAAUUGAAUUGACAAUAUAUCGUUGAAGUUGAAUUUAGAAUUGCGUUGCAAUGAGCCAAUCAGCGCUUGGGUGGUCUCGGGGUCCGACCAAUCAGCGCUCGCCACGUUCCGCGCGACCAAUCGCGGCGCGACACGACAAACUCGUCAAGAGUGUGGAUUUAGCAAUAAAUAGACUACGAUUUUAUGAUUUUGAACUUUAAAGUGUUAAGUAUACAGUGUCGUUUCGUGUGAUACGGUUUUUGAUUUUGCAUCGUAGUGCAUAUGCGUAUAUACAUGUUAUAUAAAUAUAUAUAUAUUUUUCUCUAUUCCUAAGUUUACACCGAACUCGUACAUGUGUGUACUGUGACGCGUACAGUUGACAAAAAAAAGGGAAGUGAUGGUUGUCGUUGCCGACUGUACCACAAAUAAUAUAAGUGCAAUGCUACAGAUGUCUGUAAUAUGUUAGUUAUAGUUGUAAACACCAAAAUCGCAUUAAUUAUUAUAUUUAAAUGGAACGGCUAAGCUUAGCUAUGAUAUUCUUAACUUUAGGCCCCGUGCUAAUAAAUUUUUAAUUUGUGAUAAACUAUGUUUUGUCUCAUUCUCUCACAAAGUACUUGACGCAAGCUAGAAUGCGACAAAACAUCUUUUUAACGGCGAGGUUUCUUAGCGAAGGUGUUAAGGUGAUAAUAACUUUAAAUUGUAAAAAAAAAAAAACAAAUGUUGAUAAAUUUUCUCUUACGAAAAUUAUGAAUAAGGUUAGCUUUGAUAUUUUGUAAUUAUCAUUACCAGCUAAUGUUUUGGUCACAAACGUAUUGUAUCGAAGAGCUACACGCAAUGAAUAUACGAAUUUCGAACGAAGUACAAGUUUUUUAAAGUUUUCCUAGUGAAUUAUAUUAAAUUGGUAAUGUGCUUGUUCGUUUUGAUAAUUCCGUUUUGUCAAUGAGAAAUCGACCUUGCCGCUUUGAUAAAUGAGCAGGAAUUCGAGGCAUAUUCGUUCGUGAACAAUCGCAAACACAGCUCAUAAUUUUAUAAUGCUUUCAGUCAUCGAAUUUAAUACUAAAUAUAUCGAUACAUUACCAUUUAUCGGAGUUACAAAAUGGUCAAGUACAAAAUUAUAUUAACUUCGUUAUAAAAAUUAAUGGAAACCCAAUAAUUAUUGGAUAUCAGCGAAAUACUUAUAUAGUAUUUCACAUUGAAUUUCUAUUAAAGAACAUUGAUUUAUACAAUAAUGUAUUCAACGAGCUGAGAUUACAGAAUAUGUAAUUUAAAAUAAAUAUAGUUAAAGAAACGAAACAACGCGCUUGUAAUAUACUGAUUCUUGAUAAGUGGUCAAAAUAUGGAUACAGUGGGCCAAAAUAGAGUCUCAAAGGGUUGUUUCUAUAUAAAUAUAUAAACAAACAGAGAUAAAACUAAUAAAAGCGAGAAGACAUCCUCAUACAGAUAAACAGACACCAGACAAAUAGAUACAGUCAAUAAAUACACAGUUUGUUUUAUAUAUUUCUUUGCUUUCAAUCAGAAAUAAUCAUACAAAAUGAUGAUUAAUUAUAUUCAUAUUGAAAAACUGUAACAUUCCAUGGAUUUUGGUAACAUACAUAAUCUGUUUGAUAUUUACUCUACAGUUAAGGUGUAUGCAAAAGAAAACAAAAAAGAACAGCGUACACUUAGAUAUUUUGUUCUCGUCUCGUUGAUACGUUCUGCUCAUUCAUACAACCCUCGAAUGUGUGUAUAGGUCUUUGUAAUACAUAUAAUAUGUAGUGCUUCGGAGGUGUGGGGUAAUUUCAAUAGUAUAUAAAUAAUUUCAAUUGAAUUUCAAAAACCUAAGAGAAUGAGUUGAAAAAAACUAUCUUAACAGACGAUGAUAUGAUUCUAUUAAAAUGUAGAUGGUUUUGUCCAUUAAUAACCAUUCUCUCAGCGUACAAAUUGUCUUGAACUUAUUUAAAAAUUAAUGAAAUUACACAAUUACUAAGAAAUCCUCCAAAGCAAAUGAACAAUUAGACAAUUUUGUUAUCGAUUGUAAAGUUUAAUCCAAGGGUGUUGAAAGGCGAAUCUAAAAUAUUAUUACUAAUUUUGUAAAGCAAAAACGCUUAUUAUUUGUGAAAAAAAUCUCAGUUUUGUUAUGGCCCUUUUCACACUAGGUCAAAAUAUAAUUAUGAACUUACAUUGUUGAAUCUUUAUUACUCGAUUGGAGUUUAUAAAAUUGACACUUAGAUUUUUUGAUUUAAUACCAUAUGAAAGCAAAUUUCUCGCGAAGUGUUUAAUAGAUUACUGUUUAUUGUAUUCCGAUUAAAUAUUUCUCUCCCAUGGAUAAUUCGGAUGGAUGAUUUCGCUUCAAUUGACUGGAUCGAAACGGAAACGAAAAGCCACUGAAAAUAUUAUCUUUGUGGGUGGUUUUUGUUGAAAAUGAUAAAUUUACCAAAAUGUAUUUUGACGAUCGUUAAUACUAUGACCCUGUGAUUAUAUUGUGUCUAAUGAUAAAUUGGAUGGCAAAUAUUAUGAAAUUUGUACGUAUUAAGGUGUUUUCACACUGGUACGGCGAAUCAUUUAACAUUGUGUAGUGUGAACUCUCCUAUAUAAAGGUUUCGGUGUAACAUACACAUGUAUAAAAAUUAUAUACUACGGUUAUUAUAUAAUUAAAUCUUAGCACUAUAAUAUUAUAUAGUUAUAGCGUAUAUUAGUGUAUAAAUAUAAAACACGGAAAGCACGUAGUUUUUAGCAUUUAAAAGUAUAUAAUGUAUAACCUAGUGAGAGGCUUUAUUAAUGAAAGUUUGUUCGACGCUCCCAAUAUAUCGAAUAUAGCGAUCAAAGAGUUGCAUUAAAACUGGCAUAGCCGUUUAUGAUAUAGGUGUGUGUGUGUGCCUCGGCUGGACCGGUGUGUGUGUGAACGCUAAUAUAUUUUUGGAUGCGCGAGUGUAACACUGUGUGUGUGGUCCAGUGAUUAUGUGUUAGGAGAGAUAUUUUGGUGUGUUAUUACAAUACAAUAUGAUAAAUGGUUUCUUUAUUUGAAAUUAAAAAAAAAAGUUAUAAAUUUGUCUAUGACAGGUCUAUAAGUUCUGAAUUUGGUUUUUAAUCUAUGGCAAAUGUGAUUUCAGCUCAAAAAUGUUUUGUAUUUCAUAAAUAAAUUAGAUAUCGUUGUUCUGUUUUAUCGUAUCGUUUCAUGGUUUCCCAGUGAUUUGAAAUAUCUAUUAAAAUUUAAAUAGUAUCAAAUUGUACCAUGUAUGUAGUAGCAUACCAACAUAUGGAAUGAAUGAACAUAACAUUAUCAUUAUUCAUUCACAUUUGGUCGGAAUGGUUACGUGUAAUAUACGUACGAAGAAGGGAUAUUGGUUAGAUUUUUAAAACAUAAUCUUCUCAACUGACCAUAAAUCUUUGACCAUGUCAGUUGGUGACCAUAGACAAGCGUCUAUGACGGAGGUGAACCGUGCAUUAUUAUUUUUUUUUUAGUUAUUGUGAAUAUUAUUUUAUGUUCUAACAGAUACCCGUAGCGGUAUCUGUGAAUGCUUCAAUUUGAAAUUUAUUAAUGCGAGUCGCAGGACGCAAUAUCUCGGCAUUUUAAAUGCCACUGCAACCAAAUGCGUUCAAAAGUUUCUAGCUUUAGUCGACGUUCAUUUAUCGCCGCAAAUGAAUGUUACUGUUAUUGUAUGACUCGGCUUUUAGGUUAGUAUUGGAAAAUAUAUUGUAUGGUACAUAAAUGCCUUUAUGGAAAUAAAACAAUUUAGAUUUACGCUGUUUAUUUAUUGAAUAACCUAGUUUUUUGUUGGUCAUGCUAAUUCGGUGGUACAUUUCUUUCCCUUGAUAUGGUUUUUAUGGUUGUGUUGAUAAAGAUCGAGUAAUAUAAUUCGCUUCAAGAUAUCACAGUCAGUUUUCCAAUAAAUCAGUUUCGUAAAUAAUAUCUGAUUUUGCUUCAAAAAUGUGAUGGCUGCGGCGUUAAAUGAGCGUCGACUUUGAAUGGUUUUGUCAAUGUCAUUGUGUAUAUUUCCCAAUAACAGUUAGUGGAGGCGCUCGAGCCACCGUUUUAUUAUUGACAAAUUUUAAUAAAUAAACGUAUUUUAUCUCCUU